CUCCACUCUAAGAUUAUCUAAGAGAACCCACGCGCGGGGAGACAGUCCACGAGAGAGCCAUCUGGCCUCCCGUCGCGGGGGGACGCCGGCCCCGGAGCGGAAUGCUGCUCCCGACGCUGGUGACGUGCCUCGCCGGGUGCGCCUUUCUCCUCUCACCGGUCAGCGAGGGCUGCGGGCCGGGCAGAGGCUACGGCAAGAGGAGGUCACCGCGGAAGCUGGCACCUCUCGCCUACAAGCAGUUCAGUCCCAACGUGGCCGAGAAAACGCUGGGAGCCAGCGGAAGAUACGAAGGGAAAAUAACCCGGAACUCCGAGCGCUUCAAGGAGCUCACCCCCAACUACAACCCCGACAUCAUCUUCAAGGAUGAGGAGAACACAGGUGCAGACCGCAUGAUGACUCAGCGCUGCAAGGACAAGCUGAACUCUCUGGCCAUCUCUGUGAUGAAUCUCUGGCCCGGGGUCCGGCUGCGGGUCACCGAGGGCUGGGACGAGGACGGCCACCACUCGGAGGAGUCGCUUCACUACGAGGGCCGCGCCGUGGACAUCACCACCUCGGACCGCGACAGGAACAAGUACGCCAUGCUGGCGCGGCUGGCGGUGGAGGCCGGGUUCGACUGGGUCUACUACGAAUCCAAAGCACACAUCCACUGCAGCGUCAAGUCAGACCAUUCAGUGGCGGCCAAGUCCGGAGGCUGUUUCCCGGCUGAGGCCUUGGUCACGUUGGAGGGCGGCGGCCAGAAGCCCAUCAGUGACCUUCGACCCGGCGAUCGGGUCCUGUCCUCGUCCGGCAGCGACGGCUGCGGGCCGCUGGCGUUCAGUGAAGUCCUCACCUUCCUGGACCGGGACCGGACGACCCCGAGACUCUUCCACACCCUGCAGACGGACUCGGGGGCGCGGCUCUCGCUCACCGCCGCCCACCUCAUAUUUGUCUCAGAGGGGAACUGCUCAGAGGGGGCGGAGCCGGCCCGCGGCGCCCUCAGGACGGCGUACGCCGGCGACGCCCGGCCGGGGCAGUGCGUGCUGGUGGCGGAGGGCGCCGCGGGGCGGAGCCACCGAGAGGGCCGUCUGUCUCGGAUCAGCCGGGUGGGCGUCACCCGGGGCAGGGGGGCGUUCGCGCCGCUGACCCGGCAGGGCACGCUGGUGGUGGACGGCGUGGUGGCGUCCUGCUACGCGGCGGUGGACCAGCACACCCUGGCUCACUGGGCCUUCGCCCCUCUGAGGCUGUUCCACAGCUGGACCGGGACCGCCGGGGGCCACGGAGACGGGGUUCACUGGUACUCACAGGUUUUACACUGGCUGGGGCGCAGGCUGCUGGAUCCGGGGCGCCUCCACCCGCUGGGCGUGGCUCAGGACGACAGGUGA